UUUACAUUGAAAAUGGCUAAUAAGAUAGCAAUUAUGUUGGCACUCUCCUUCUUCCUCUUUCAGUUAUCAAAUGCAGCCUCCUAUAAUGUGCUUAAAUUUGGAGCAAAACCAGAUGGGAAAACAGACUCAACACAGCCUUUCCUCAAGGCAUGGGCAGCUGCAUGUAGCUCAGCUACUGCAUCGACAAUUUCUGUGCCUAAAGGAAGGUACUUGAUCAAGGCAAUAGAGUUUAGAGGUCCAUGCAAGAGUAGAAUUACUGUUAAGAUCGAUGGAACUAUUGAAGCUCCAGUGGAUUAUCGAGCUCUCGGCAAUUCUGGGUAUUGGAUUUUGUUCAUUCAGGUUAAUCAAAUUUCUGUACUUGGCGGUACCCUUGAUGCUAAAGGUGCUGGCUUCUGGGCUUGCAGGGCGUCCGGAAAGAGCUGUCCUGUUGGAGCUAGGUCCAUAACAUUCAACUGGGCAAACAAUGUGAUAAUAAGUGGGUUGACAUCAAUCAACAGUCAGACAAUGCACCUUGUAAUAAACAGUUGCAACAACGUGCAAGUUCGAAAUGUGAAGCUUAUAGCUCCAGACCAAAGCCCCAAUACAGAUGGAAUCCAUGUUCAGACAUCAACAGGCGUAACAAUCACAGGCAGUACGCUUCAGACAGGAGAUGAUUGCAUAUCCAUUGGUCCAGGCACUAGGAACUUGCUUAUGAGCCAUAUUAAGUGUGGCCCUGGUCAUGGUAUCAGCAUUGGCAGCUUGGGCAGACAAUUCAAUGAAGAUGGUGUACAAAAUAUAACCCUAACAGAUGCAGUUUUCACAGGAUCAGAUAACGGUGUAAGGAUCAAAACAUGGGCUAGACCUAGCACUAGCUUUGUAAGGAAUGUUCUCUUCCAAAACCUCAUUAUGAGGAAUGUAAAGAACCCAAUAAUCAUUGACCAGGACUAUUGUCCUGACAACAUUGGUUGUCCUAACCAGAAUUCUGGCGUGAAGAUAAGUCAAGUGAUGUAUAAAAAUAUACAAGGAACAUCGAGAUCUCCACAAGCUGUGACAUUUGAAUGUAGCCCUAGCAAUCCAUGCAAGGAAAUAAGAUUACAUGAUAUAAAGCUUACGUACAUGAAUAAAGCAGCAACUGCUUCAUGUAAGAAUAUAGGUGGAACUAGUAGCGGGCUAGCCAUACCUGUGAGCUGUUUAUAAGAGUAAUGUAUUAGUCUGCAUGCUAAGAAAUUAGUUAUGUUUGUAUUGUAGAAAGGGAAAGGAAUUAGCCUUUUGGUAUGUUUGUAUUUCUGGGUAUGCACUCCAUUUGGAAGUGGGCUUCAAUCUCUAAUGUAGCACUCCAUAUGUGGUAGUGGCUUUUGCUCUAAUGUACAUAAUUUGGCCAGUAAUAAACUAUCUUAUUGGAAGGAAA